AUGGCUGCGCGCCGCGCCACCGUCGCCUGCGCGCUGUUGCUGCUGUCCUCCGCCCUGCUCCGCCGAGGCUGCCGGGCGCGCUUCGCUGCCGAGUCCGAGUCGGAUGAGGACGGAGAGGAAACGGUGGCGUUCCCCGAGUCGCCCCUGCAGAAACCCACUGUGUUCGUGGUCGUCCUCGCCCGCAACGCAGCGCACACGCUGCCUCACUUCCUGGGCUGCCUGGAGCGGCUGGACUACCCCAAGAGCAGGAUGGCCAUCUGGGCAGCCACCGAUCACAACGUGGACAAUACAACGGAGAUACUCAGGGAGUGGCUGAAAAACGUGCAGCGUCUGUAUCACUAUGUGGAGUGGAGGCCUAUGGAUGAGCCAGAGUCUUACCCUGAUGAAAUUGGACCAAAGCACUGGCCAAGCUCCCGGUUUGCUCACGUCAUGAAGCUGCGACAGGCAGCCCUUCGAACUGCGAGGGAAAAAUGGUCAGACUACAUCCUGUUCAUAGAUGUCGACAACUUCCUGACUAAUCCACAGACCCUGAACCUAAUGAUUGCAGAAAACAAAACCAUCCUGGCACCCAUGCUGGAGUCCCGGGGUCUGUAUUCUAACUUCUGGUGUGGAAUCACACCUCAGGGCUUCUAUAAGCGGACCCCAGACUACCUUCAGAUUAGAGAGUGGAAGAGGACAGGCUGCUUCCCCGUCCCUAUGGUCCAUUCCACCUUCCUGAUCGACCUCAGGAAGGAGGCCUCAGACAAGCUGUCUUUCUACCCGCCACACCAGGACUACACCUGGACCUUUGAUGACAUCAUCGUUUUUGCCUUCUCCAGCAGACAAGCAGGCAUCCAGAUGUACCUGUGCAACAAAGAACACUAUGGCUACCUGCCCAUCCCUCUGAAGCCCCACCAGACGCUGCAGGAGGACAUCGAGAACCUCAUCCACGUGCAAAUAGAAGCAAUGAUUGACCGUCCUCCAAUGGAGCCUUCCCAGUUUGUGUCAGUUGUCCCUAAAUAUCCAGACAAGAUGGGGUUUGAUGAGAUUUUCAUGAUCAACCUCAAGCGCAGGAACGACAGGCGGGACAGGAUGCUGCGUACACUCUACGAACAGGAGAUUGAGGUCAAGAUUGUGGAGGCCGUGGAUGGGAAGGCACUCAACACAAGCCAGCUGAAGGCCUGGAACAUUGAAAUGCUACCAGGUUACCGGGACCCCUACUCCUCCAGGCCCUUAACCAGGGGUGAAAUUGGUUGCUUCCUUAGUCACUUCUCUGUCUGGAAAGAGGUUAUUGACCGAGAGCUGGAGAAGACUCUCGUCAUUGAGGAUGACGUGCGUUUUGAGCAUCAGUUUAAGAGGAAGCUAAUGAAGCUGAUGGACGACAUUGACAAGGCUCGGCUGGACUGGGAACUGAUUUACAUCGGUCGAAAAAGAAUGCAAGUCAAAGAGCCAGAGAGGGCGGUGCCCAACGUUGUAAAUCUCGUUGAAGCCGAUUAUUCCUACUGGACGCUGGGCUACGUCAUCUCCCUGGAAGGGGCACAGAAGCUCGUUGGAGCUGAUCCCUUUGGGAAGAUGUUGCCAGUGGAUGAGUUCCUGCCAAUCAUGUACAACAAGCAUCCCGUGGCAGAGUACAAGGAGUAUUACGAAUCCAGGGACUUGAAAGCCUUCUCUGCAGAACCUCUGCUCAUCUACCCCACACACUACACAGGCCAGCCAGGCUAUCUGAGCGACACAGAAACGUCAACCAUCUGGGACAAUGAGACAGUGGCCACUGACUGGGACAGGACACACUCCUGGAAGUCCCGGAAGCAAGGACCCAUCCGCAGCAACGCCAAGAACACGGAAGCACUACCACCGCCGACCUCUCUGGACACUGUGCCUUCAAGGGACGAGCUCUGAAAGCUGCCUGGGUGUGUGGUCCACACGGUUCAUCACUGUCUGGGGUUUCUAAAGAGCUGCUCAUCCGUUUGCUCCAUUAUAGAGACGGCAGUCGUCUCAUCAAGUGUUUGAUGUGAUUCACCAAAUUAUAUAAUUUGAAUAGCGAAGAGCAGAGAUAUUCAAAACCAAAUUUCCUAGGAAACCAUUGCUGAAACAGCUAAGUUAAACUUCAGUCCAAAUGCCCGGUUCCUCUCACUAGCCAUAGAAUGCUGUUAGCCCCACUGAAGUGGCAAUGUGGCUCAUAGACUGCUCCAAGAAAUGGCCUCCCCAAGCUGUCACAUCAGUAAGUGGGCAGUCAACACGGACAAGCCAGUGGACCUUGCUUACUAACCAGAGUGGUCCAUUUUAUGUGGCGGAUGUGACCCCGAAACCAUCAAGCCAGCUAAACUACAUUUACUUGUCUAUUUGAUGUUAGACAACAGGUCUAUGUGACAAGUGUCUGGGGGUGGGGAAACCAAGCCAUUAAUCUGGUUUUUAUUCAAAGGAGCUCUGUCAUGAGCUUGUUGAAAGGGGAUGCUUUAUUCUUGGCUUUAUUAUGGAGUAAGUAACUGGCAUGGUCUGAGACAUGGCUCUUGACCAUCAUGGCAGCUUCCAUUCAAAACGUCUAGGUGCCGUGUGGCUAUAAUAGUUAGAUAUUUAUGGGGGAAAGAGCUCAACCUUUGGCAUUUGUAUUGUGGCUUAAGUCCCAUAUGUCUAUUUAUAAAGAAAACUGUAAUAUAUACAGGUUGUGAGGGAGGGGGUGACCCAAAACCUCACACCUCAUGCGUCACCCCCUCACCUGGGGAUGAACCGCACGUAUGGGUUCAAUCACGUCACUGUCGAGAGGCAGAACGCAUUUCAGCCUCACUGUCAUCCUUGCCUUGGAUUUUCAUUAUGUUCUGAAUUAUUUAUUUUACAAAUGUGGGGAAAAACAUUGUCUGUAGGGUGAGGCAGAGAAGCAGACUCCCGUUGCACACCGGGGAUGUCAGUGUAGACACGUGGGCCCGACCAUCUGAGUUGCCUGAAUUUCCCAGCUUGGCUUUUGCAGAGAAGACUGCUGUUGACAGGCUUCCAGUCAGGAGUAACUUAUUCCCCAGUGAAUGUAGGAGACAUUGGUCCAGACAAUAGAUUUAAGUCAACGAUCUACAGCUCUCAGAGCCAAAAAGCCUAAAUAGAAAAAUGUCCCCUAAAACUCCUUCCUAAUUCUUCCUAGGCUAAAUUGAUGUCAGGUGCAAUGCUGGGCUGUGUCACGGUGUCCAGAUUCACAGCCAGCUGUCUGAGAGUGUCUCGCGUGCUUCACCUCAGCCGCCCUUCCCUCCUGGUUGUGGUUCAGUCUUCUCGACUGAAGCUGAGAGGCCAGGCAGCUCCGCUUGCCUCUCUCACCUAGAAAAACAGAAAAGAGCACUGGGGAGCUCAAGAGGAACCCUAAGUGAUUCCUGAGGUCUCCUCGGGUGUUUGGCGUUUUGUUUGUUUGAAUGUGUGCAAGUAUGCCUGGCUUUCACUGUGUCUUAUAGGGGUGGGAGGUGGCUGGGGUGCUGGAAGUGGAGGGAGACUGAGUUGUGUAUUGUGUUGUUGUUGUUGUUGUCGUCUUAAUGGGGAAUUUUCCUCCAUUUGCCCUGUCAGCUGGUCUGACGGAUUUAAGAAUUUUCAUUCUUAAAAGACAUUGGAUUUCAAUUUUUGAAUCUUAGAUUAGGACCUUUCUAACUGUGAAUAAAGUUCUGGUUCUCUUA